AUGCUCGACCUCCAAGAUUUCAUCAAGGAGCGCGGUGGUGACCCUGAGAAGAUCCGCGACUCCCAGCGCCGUCGCCAUGCACCCGUCGAGAUUGUCGACGAGGUUAUCGCUCUGUGGGAUGACCACCGCAAGACCCAAUACUCUGCGACGCAGAUCGGAAGCGAGAUCAACGCUGUGCAGAAGGAGAUUGGUAUGAAGAAGAAGAACAAGGAGAACGCCGACGACCUGCUCAAGAAGAAGGAGGAUCUCCAGAAGCAGAAGAAGGACAAGGAGGAUGAGGCGACAGCGAAGCUCGUCACGCUCAACGCCAAGGCCAAGAGCAUCGGAAACUACGUUCAUGAGUCCGUUCCCAUCAGCGAUAACGAAGACAACAACGUUACGGAGCGCGAAUGGAAGCCCGAGGCCGGACUCGGUGCCAAGACUGAGCAGACGCUUAGCCACCACCAGAUUGUUACCAGACUCGCAGGCUACGACCCUGAGCGCGCUAUCAAGCUUGUCGGUCACAGAGGAUACUGCUUGACCGGCUACGGACUGUUCCUGAACCAGGCGCUCAUCAACUACGGUCUUGAGUUCCUCUUCAACAAGGGAUACACUCCUAACCAGCCUCCCUUCUUUAUGAACCGCAACCAGAUGGCCAAGACCGCCCAGCUUGAGGAUUUCGACGAGGAGCUGUACAAGGUUACGGGUGAUGGUGAAGAGAAGUACCUCAUUGCUACCAGUGAGCAGCCCCUCUCGGCACUUCACAGCGAGGAGUGGAUCCAAGGCGGUCAGCUGCCCAUCAAGUACGCCGGUUACAGCACAUGUUUCCGCAAGGAGGCCGGCAAGCACGGCAAGGAGGCCUGGGGCCUGUUCCGUGUGCACCAGUUCGAGAAGAUUGAGCAGUUCAUCUUCUGCAAGCCCGAAGACAGCUGGAAGCACUUUGACGAGAUGAUUGCCGCUUCUGAGGAGUUCUACAAGAGCCUGGGUCUUCCCUACCGGGUUGUUUCCAUCGUCUCUGGUGCUCUGAACAACGCCGCCGCUAAGAAGUACGAUUUGGAGGCUUGGUUCCCCUUUCAGCAGGAGUACAAGGAGCUUGUGUCUUGCUCCAACUGCACGGAUUACCAGACCCGCGAGCUCGAGGUCCGUUACGGUGUCAAGAAGGCCAAGGAGGCGCCCGGUGGUGGCCGCAAGGAGUACGUCCACGCUCUCAACGCUACCCUCUGCGCUACCGAGAGAACCCUCUGCUGCAUCAUGGAGAACUACCAGACGCCCGAUGGCUUCAAGGUCCCCGAAGUGUUGCGCAAGUACAUCCCCGGUCAGCCCGAGUUCCUGCCCUACGUGGCCGAGCUCCCCAAGGAGAUCACUGUCGUUGCUGGCCAGAAGAAGAAAUAG